AUGGCGUCUGAGAAUCUAAGCGUCCUCGAAGAGACCUUGAAGCCCUUUUACCAGAGAGCCUCUCAAGCCGAGGACCGAUUAGCAAGACUUGAGGCUGCCCUUGCAGCCAAGAAGGGUCAUCCUGCAGAUUCGGCAAAUGAUGAUUAUUCCGAAUUGAUCAAUGAAAUCCAGUCCAAGCUAAAAGAUGCAUGUGCUGAGAUGGUUUUAGAACAAGAAAAGAACAAGAAGCUUGCUGCAGAAAAUGCUAAACUCCAAUACCGGAUACAUCAUCUUGUUCAGGCAGUGAGAGAUGCUGAUGACAAAUUGGAGAAAAAGUGA